AUGUUUAUGUUCAAUCCACCCACUAAGCUAAAACUUAACUCAGUUGAAGAGUUCCAAGAAGCAUUUCAGCUGUUUGACUCACGUGGAGAUGGCAAAAUACAUGUGGCACAAAUUGGAGAUGCUCUGAGGGCUCUGGGCCAAAACCCCACUGAAUCUGAUGUGAAAAAGUGCACAUUACACUUGAAGCCAGAUGAGAGGAUAUCUUUUGAAGUAUUCUUACCAAUAUAUCAGGCAAUAUCAAAAGCACGUAGUGGUGAUACAGCUAAUGAUUUCAUUGAGGGUCUGCGGCACUUUGAUAAAGAUGGAAAUGGAUUCAUAUCAUCCGCUGAGCUUCGCCACCUGCUGUCAACAUUGGGUGAAAAACUGAGUGAUGAUGAAGUGGAACAGUUGCUGCAGGGCCAGGAGGAUUCGCAUGGCAACAUCAACUAUGAGAACUUUGUGCACCUUAUCAUGCAAGGCUGA